AUGACACGCAUUUUUUUUUUUCAAGUUUUAUAUAGCACUGGAGAAGUUCAGAACUAUUUAAGCUCAUACAGUGUUUGUUUUACUAUGGUCAAACCUUUACCACUUAUCGAAUAUCAAUUUACUCCUAAAGAUACACUUGAUUAUUCUCGUCUAAGGAAAUAUGGUCAUUUAAUAUUAUUUGUUACAUGGUUUCUAUUUAUCAUUUCAGUAAAUUCAAUAUUUGAACUAUGGAGAUAUGUCAUCCUGCCUUUAUCAUCACUGCUACGUGAUAAUCUAACGAUUUACUUUGAGACACUUGAUUCUUAUGUAUUUAAGCUAUGGUGUAUUUAUAUUGUUUGCUGGUGGUGGGCGUUAAUAUCCUGGUGUGGAUUAGAAAUGUUUCGUAAUUCUAAGAAUUGA